GAGCACUGCAAACUCGGCAGUGACAGCGGUGUUUGGGACAGAAGGAAAACAUCAUGCACCGGUUCUGUUUACGGUUCGGUCAUUACGGUUUAACUCGUUGUUCUGUGCAACAGCUUAUCUCCCGGUACUGCUAAAGUGACGUUGUGUGGAUAGCAUGAUAUCGGGCGGCCACCCUUGCCUACUAGAUCACAUUCACAGCAGCUAUUACGUGUGCACUGCCAGUAAUGGGGGCCCAUGCCACUGUGUAAUUAGACUGUGAUAUAUACAAUCUUGCACAGUGACUGACAUCCGUGCGCUGCGGAAUGCUUGGCACGUUACUAUAUUUUGUAUGAAAGUUACCGUGUAAUAGGUGCAGAGCACUGUUAUGCAUUUUUCCAGUUACUUUUAUAUGGGCUGUUGGCAUGUGUGAUGGCAACAAUGUUCCAUUGUUUUUGAUGGAGCUUCUAAACAAACCUGCAGAAUUAUGGCAUUCUCAUUUGUUGACCAAUUAAACAUAUGCAUUAUAUAUAGCUGUUUAGCCUUUGCACUGUUUUAAGGUGAAUGUGCGUGCACAUAUAUGUUUAUAUUUUUGCAAAGUGUGUUUAUGAUGUGCUAAUUACUGGACCACAAUUUCUGUUUAAUGUGAGCUUUCCAAGUAAAGGCCAUUGCAGAGCUCUCUGAUAAUUGAAUUAGAACAAGUUAUACCUGGAACAUAUUAAUGUGAAACAUUGUUGUUGUUUUUUUCUUGUCAAACAUCUGGUUGUAGCUGGACUCUUAAAAAUACUAUUGUCCUAAAAUAUAUUUGUUGUUUGUUUUAUCACAGUUUACUUUAUUGUUUAGUGAGAGUCAUUUUGCACAUUGGUGUUUUCUUGCUGCUAUAUUAGAAUUAUAUCUCAGAAGACGUUCUAGUGACCAAAUGUUGUAGAAACUCAAUUUUGUCAAACGUCUGGUUGUAGCUGGAAUGCCAUAAAGAUACCCUUGUUGUUUUAUCAUUAAACUGGCUUUGUAGCCCAAGUUGGAAAGUUUGUAAUUAUCUACCUGCUGCUUUCCUUUUACUCUACUAUGCUGAAUAGGAGCUCUUUUACCACCCUGGUGGUGGGUGUUUUUAUUGUGUAUGUGGUGCAUACUUGUUGGGUGAUGUAUGGGAUUGUCUACACCAAACCCUGCGAAAGCCACAGUGACAACUGCAUCAGACCAUACCUGUCUAAGAGGCCGAAACUGCAGCUAAGUGUAUAUACCACAACACGGACAAGUAUUAGUGCUGAAAAUAAUGUGGAUUUGGUUUUAAAUGUUGACAAUUUUGAUGUGGAGUCAAAAUUUGAAAGGACAGUAAAUGUCACGGUACCUAAGAAAACAAGGAAUAAUGGCACACUGUAUGCCUAUAUAUUUCUUCAUCAUUCUGGAGUUCUUCCUUGGCAAGAUGGUAAACAGGUGCAUAUAGUGAGCCCCCUUACUACAUAUAUGAUUCCAAAGCCAGAAGAGAUAAAUCUUAUAACUGGAGAAACAGGAACAAAGCAACUGGAUACAGAAAAAAAUGAAAAUACUGCUUUGGAUGAACCUGUCUCACACUGGAGAUCACGGCUUACCUUAAAUGUUAUGGUGGAAGAUUUUAUUUUUGAUGGCUCUUCUCUUCCUGCAGAUGUCCAUAGAUACAUGAAGAUGAUACAACUAGGGAAAUCUGUUCAUUACCUUCCUAUACUGUUUAUUGAUCAGCUGAGUAACAGAGUAAAGGAUUUAAUGAUGAUAAAUCGUUCCACAAUUGAGCUUCCCCUCACAGUCUCAUAUGAUAAAAUAUCACUGGGAAAGCUGAGAUUUUGGAUCCACAUGCAGGAUGCGGUUUACUCUUUGCAGCAAUUUGGGUUUUCAGAAAAGGAUGCCGAUGAAGUUAAAGGCAUUUUCGUCGACACAAACCUUUACUUUCUAGCACUUACCUUCUUUGUAGCUGCUUUCCAUCUUCUUUUCGAUUUCUUGGCAUUCAAAAAUGAUAUCAGCUUCUGGAAAAAGAAGAAGAAUAUGGUUGGGAUGUCUACAAAAGCGGUUCUCUGGCGUUGCUUUAGUACGGUGAUCAUAUUCCUUUUCCUGUUGGAUGAACAAACAAGUUUGCUUGUACUGAUCCCUGCUGGCGUGGGAGCUGUAAUUGAGGUCUGGAAGGUGAAGAAAGCUUUGAAAAUAAGCUUUCAGUGGAGAGGUUUAAAGCCAGAGAUAAAGUUUGGAGCCCACAGUGAAUCUGAAAGAAAAACUGAAGAGUAUGAUACUCAGGCUAUGAAGUACUUGUCAUAUUUAUUGUAUCCAUUGUGCUUUGGGGGUGCAGUUUAUUCACUCGUAAACAUAAAAUAUAAAAGCUGGUAUUCUUGGCUAAUCAACAGCUUUGUCAACGGAGUUUAUGCUUUUGGGUUCCUCUUUAUGCUGCCUCAGUUGUUUGUAAACUACAAGAUGAAAUCUGUGGCACAUUUACCCUGGAAGGCAUUUACAUAUAAAGCAUUUAAUACUUUUAUAGAUGAUAUCUUCGCUUUUAUCAUUACCAUGCCAACAUCACACAGACUAGCCUGUUUUAGAGAUGAUGCAGUCUUUCUUAUUUAUCUAUACCAAAGAUGGCUUUAUCCUGUGGAUAAGACUAGAGUGAACGAGUUUGGUGAAUCGUAUGAAGAAAAACCAAAACGGAAACUACAUCUAAACUGAUUCUCCCAAAUUGUAUCUACCAUAUAUAUCGUACUUGAUAAUAUGGAGAGCAGUAAAUUAGGAAAAUGAAUUAUCAAUGAGUAUUUAUGAAUGCCGUGGUGAACCUUUCUGGAGAAGAUAAUGUCCACAUUGCCAAAAGCCUGAAAUGUGUUUCAUUUAACAUUGUUUUGUCUUCAGUGUCGUGUUUUUUUGUUUUUAUUUUUAUUUUAUGGUCUUAUGCAAGGCAAAAUGGAACUGUCCCCUCCUAAACUGCUGAAAUAUGUUAUUUUUUAAAGACAAUUCAUUCAUGUGUGAUACAUUAGGAAGAGCUGCCUUUUUCGCAGGGACUACUUUACAUACCGUAUAUAAAGUAGACUUUGGUUCGCUAAACCUAAAGAAAAUUGUAUAUAUUAAUUGAAAAUGACGUUCCAAAAACUGUACUAGGAUUGUAAAUAGACUUUUCUUGCAUCCUCAAGUCUAAUACAAGCAUUUGAAGGAACAGAAAAUGGGAUUCAAAACAUUGCGCUAAAACAAUUUAGCUAUUUGACAUGAUGUUUUUUGAAUUUCAUGUGAAUAAGAUACAGUUUUCACUUUUUCCGGAAAGCAUGCUUUCACCUGAGCAGCAUGUGUUUGUAUCCUUAUUGCUUAUUUAAGUUUUAUCUUUGUAAGAAGAUAUCCAUAUUUUAAAUGACAUCAAAUGGAUUUAAAAGACAAUAGGAUAUUUAUUUUUCUUUCAAUGUGAAAACGUUUUCCAAUAGUAGCACAUCAUAUUUAAAAAAAAAAAAAAAAAAAAAAAAAAAAAAAGCUGAAAAAUAAAAUUUUGUGCCAAUAGUGCAAAAUUUACCCAUUAGAGUUUCUUUUCAACAGGUGUGAAUUGACACUAAAAUAUUCCUGUUUUUGUACCUUUCUCAAGGUCUAAUUAUGUUUUUUUUUAGCUGAAAAUUAGAUGUUUUUGUUCUCAAAGGAAAUAUAGAUAUCUUCUCUUUGUUUUUUUUUUGUUUUUUAAUAAAAUAAAUUUAUUUGCAAGUCCUUAUGCAAUAUGGUUAAAGAGCUAUUAAAGUAAAAUAUACAUUA